CCAUGCAAAAUGAAAGGUUUCGUGUUUAKGGAAGUUUGUUAUUAGUUUCAAUCUUAGUUUGUGGCUGAUUUCCAUYAUUUGGUUAUUUCCACAAGGACAAUUUUACUAUGUCAGGCAACGAACCUUUAACCUUCGCCACUGUGCGGGAAUACAUGCUUAAAAACGACGGAAAAGUAAAAAAUCAUGAUUUAGUGACACAUUUCCGACAACAACUCAACGAUCCAGCGAACAAAAACAAAGUACGUGGAGAUUUCAAAGAUAUUGUGCAUCAGCUGGCAACUGUACAAGAAAUCAAUGGAGAAAAGUAUUUUGUUCUAAAAAAACCUAGAGAAGCACCUGCAGUCCUACGUAAACCUGCCAGCAGUAAACCACCAAGAUCACACCCUUCAAGUCACAAAUCACGACCAGUGUCUGGCCCUCCUGUCAUGAGAAAUGCAAAAUUAUUUGAAGAUAUGUUGUCAUCUCAAAUGACUAAAGGACAUGCACCUGGCAGUGUUGGCCAUGCUUCUGAAUUUGACAAGGAAAAUCGAUCUGAUGUCAAGAGUCUUGUCAAAGAACAUAUGAGAAAAGCGGCCUCUGUUGAUAGCAUUGAUUCUACAGGAAGUUCAAAUAAUACACCAAAACAAAGUAGAAAAGUCUCAUCUUCUGGAGCUAGAGGAGGUGAAACAGAAGACAAAAUAUCACUGAUAUCAGGAGAUGACAUGGUACAUCUGGAUGAUGCAGAAUUUGAAGGUGAAGAGUUUACUGGGCCAGCAAUUCAAUUGGAACCUUUAGAAAAAGAAUGGUUGCUGACUGCAGCCCGUGGAAAUAGAGCUAACAUAAUGUGCCUGCUUGAGCAAGAGCCAAGUUUAGCAAAAAAGAGAGACUUUACUUCRGGUUAUACAGCUUUACAUUGGGCAGCCAAGCAUGGGAGAGAGGACAUUGUUUCAAUGUUAGCCAAGAAAGGAAUUGAUGUCAAUACUAAGUCACAUGGUGGAUACACACCACUGCACCUUGCUAGUAUGCAGGGACAUGACAAAGUCAUUAAAGUCUUAGUAGAGGAGUUUGAUGCUAACAUUUGUUCACGUGAUAACAGUGGGCGCAAACCAAGACAAGUGGCUAGUAGUAGUCURACUAUUGAAGCACAAAGACUUCUAGAGCAUAUUUUAAGUGAUUCAGCAUCGUCUGACAAUCGUACUAGUGUCAGUAAAAAGAAACAGUCRAGUGCCAAACAGUAUGGAUCAAUAAAUUCGAUUAUUACACCAAGUGCAGCUUUGGUUGGAUUUUAUGGUGACAAACAAUUACAACCUCCGGACCAUGGAGCAUCAGACAAGCCAAGGGACCGUGCAUCAUCGUUUGGUAAAUUUCUCAAAAAAGACAAAAAGAAGCACAAAAAAGAUCAGCGAGCCUCAACAGCUGACUUCCCUUCAGAGUAYGCAACACCAUCGGCCGGUCCGUCUCCAAAUCUGCAUCGUCCAUGUCAGAAAGGUACUGGGGCUGAGUUCGAAACUAACGUUAUUAGGAGCAGUUUUCGUCGUCUAGUGGGAACCACAAUGGACAAGCGGACGGCUCGAAAACGGCUUCUGAUCGGUUCACCACAGCAAUUACAACAAGUUGAAGAUGAAAGGCGCGAAAAUGAACUCGAACUACAUCGCACUCACUCUGACCCUAGCUUCAAAAAGACGACAGAAAUAUGAUAGAGACAUGACGACGUGAAGAGAUGCGCAUUAAUGUCAAUGCAACAAUUCUUAUAUUUUUUUGUAUUUUUAAGGAGAAAAUUAUCUUUUUUAGCGUAUCUUAUCAAUAGUCCUUUUACUCCAAGGAAUGAUAAACUGGGAUGAUUUGAUUWUUUCACAGAAAGCGACAGAUUAGGCUAAACCAUUAAACCAUUUUAACAGGUGCAUGAUAUCUCGCUGUGACGCUGAUUAACUUUUGUAAAAUAAUCAUUGGCAGUGUUAAGCCGUAAAUUCAUUUCAGUAAAAUACGUGAUUUGUACAAAGACAAUUAAAUUUAUUUUACGGAAAUAAAAAGUCGUGCUUGUCUAACGACAUAACAUGAUUCCUGAAAGCGUUCA